AUGUCGAACGCAGAGGAGCGACCCAAACUCAUAGUGGGUGUUGACUUUGGAACAACGUUCAGCGGCAUUGCCUGGGGACUGGAAGAUUGCCCUGAUGAUAUUGAGCUCAUCCAGACAUGGCCAGGUGGUGGUAACAUCACAAGCCAGAAAGUCCCAACCUUGUGUUCCUACGAGAAUAACGGCAUGAAAUGGGGUCAUCAGACUGACCAGUCGAGCCAUCCGGGCAGCGAACAUGGGCUGAUCCAAGGAGUCAAGCUUUUGCUAGAUGAAAGUCAGAAACUCCGCUACAAACCUGCUACCGACUCUCAGGAAAUUAUCAAGGAUUUGAGAAAAACGCCAGUAGAUGUUGCUGGUGAUUACUUGCAAAAGUUAGUCGGCCACGCUCGGGAGAUUUUGAGACGUCGCUUUGGAAUUGCGCUGCUCGCAAUGGACUUGGAAUACAUCCUUACCGUCCCCGCUAUCUGGUCAGACAAAGCGCAAUAUUUGACUAUGCAGGCAGCACACCGGGCUGGUAUAUCUCCUGCGAGUCUGAGACUAUUGUCUGAGCCGGAGGCGGCUGCGAAAGACGACUGCUUGGUUGUUUGUGAUGCUGGGGGUGGAACUGUCGACAUAAUUACCUAUCGCGUCAAGCAAAUCGACCCGUUGAGAGUCGAGGAAGCGACGAAGGGAACUGAUGCCGUUUGUGGCUCUGUGAUGUUGGAUGAGAGAUUCGAUGCACUUAUCAAAGACAUCAUUGAGAAGCAAAAAUAUUGGCAAGAUUACAUCAAGCCUGGUUAUACAGGUCCUCUCGAUGAUGAUGACAUGUGUGAGCCUGGAUACUGGAUCCCGGUUCCCGGGGUUUCAGGGAUCUUGAACGUCGAGCUUAGUGAGGGGCACCUGUAUCUAGACAGAGACCAAGUGAAAGGAAUAUUCGACCCUAUCAUUGAGCAGAUCGAGAAUCUCGUCGUCGAGCAGAGAACAAGCGUCAAGGCAGCAGGUCAUACGACCAAGGCGAUCAUUCUAGUUGGAGGUCUUGGUGCCUCGGGAUACCUCUUCAAGCGCUUACAGGCAGCUUCUGACGGCAUUCAAAUCAUGCAACCCCCAAACGCGUGGUCUGCCGUUGCCCGUGGUGCUGUCAUCCGUGGUCAAGAAGGGAAUCAGGUCGAACGUCGCAUCGCCAGAUGCAGCUAUGGCAUUAAUGUGAGCGUCAAAUUCGAUCCUAAAAAGCACCCAGCAGACCAGAACCUCGAAUGGUGUCCUUAUGAGGAACAAUGGAAGGCGCGUAACCGUAUGACAUGGUAUAUCCGCAAAGGAGAAUCCUUGACCGAAAGUGAGCCAAUCAGGAUGACCUUCUACCAUGUGGUCGACAUUGACAGUCACAUGGUAUUUAACGAGCAAUUGAAGUUUUGCCAGGAGGCUACAGCUCCAAAAGUGAUGAAUUCCAGUGUCGUGCAACUGUGUGAGCUUCAGGCAGAUCUGAGCAGAGUCCCCAAAGGGCUUUUUACGAAGAAAACGAACUCUAGUGGGGUCCAAUUUUACCAUAUCACCUUCGAUCUGGUUCUAACGCCGGCCUCUGCAUCGUUAUUGUUCGACCUACAAUUCAAUGGUGUCUCCUAUGGGAGCGUGAAAUCUCAAUAUUGA